GGACGAGGAGAUCGGGUUGGACCUGACCGUCGAGGGGCUGCCGGCUGGGGCGAACCCCGACGCGAGGUGGAUCCGCGAGUGGGCCGCGGUGCGGCAUUAUCUCGGCGGCGCGCACGCGUACACCGCCGUCGACGGGCGAAUGUUCUUCGCCGCGCCGGACGGCGGGGACGGCGACGCGGAGUCGACGUCGAUUUUGUCGACGUCGAAGUCGGCGCCCCUCGAGUCGAGCGUCGUCGCCGGCGCCGCGGUGCUCAGAUCGCUCGGCGAAUCGCUCAAGAUGGCCCCCGAGUCGCUCGACGUCCACAACACUCGAAAGUCGAGGAUGACGCGCGCGACGCACUACGACUUCGUUGCGCCGGGAGACGAGGACAGGACGGACGUCGGCGGCGUCGGCGACGACGUCGACGCCCUCGGCGCCGCGCUCGAGGCGUUUGAACGCGAAAAGGCGAGAGCGCGCGCGGAGGAGGAGGGCGCGCGCCUCAACGCCGGCGGCGGAGGCGUUAUCACGUCCACGUCCGACUCCGAUUACGACGACGAAGACGACGAGAUGGUCGACGAGGUCCAGAUGAGCGACGCGGCGAUCGACGCGCACCGCGAAGCCCUGGAGAUGCUCCAGGCCUAAGCUCGCGACGUGUCAGAUGGCGGCUAGGAGAGAGGCGUGGAGGGCGGACGUCGACGCCGCGAGGGAAGCGCACGAGGAGGGACGGCGGCGGAUGUGCGCGGCGACGGAGGCGCGGCGCGAGGGGGUUAAGGACGCGCUGCAGAAGCGGUUGUCGCAGCGGAAGCUCGCGAAGGAGAAUUCCGUGAAGGAGAACGCCGCGGAGUAG